AAUUAGAUAAGCGUAGCAGACCAGACUAGAGUGAUCGAGAAUCAAGCAUAACCAUGGCUACCUCAUCAAUCAUAUUACGGUCGUCAUUGUCAUUUUACUCUACAAACCAGCAAGUAUAUUUGAAUAGAUCAGCAACUCACAAGAACAAGAACAGGGUUUCCUUCUUCCGUGUCCAAGCAGCAGCAAAGCCCCCUGCCGGUGUAGAAUUUCCAAAAGUACAGCCGCAAUUUAAAGCUCCAUUUCUUGGGUUCACAAAGACAGCAGAAGUAUGGAACUCUAGAGCUUGCAUGAUUGGACUCAUUGGAACUUUCAUUGUAGAGCUUAUAAUAAACAAGGGAAUACUUCAGGUGAUUGGAGUUGAGAUUGGGAAAGGCCUUAAUCUUCCUCUUUGAGCAUUCAAUUUAGGUCUGCUCGUAACUAUUGUAAGAGUCAAUUCUAAGUGUCUUUUAUUUAGUUAUGAUUUUAAGAAAAAAAUUUCCAUUUUUAGUCAUUUGACAAAAUCUAGUCUGUGUAUUCCAACAUCUUGUUGAUAUAUAUGAAUUGGGAGAUGUUCUUGGGUUGGA